CUAAUAUUAAGGUUUGGACAAAAUAAUGUAUAUUGCAUUAAAAUGGCUUUUGAGUUUGACAACACUUAUGUGGGUGGCUAUGUGCUGUUUGGACUUUUAUUUGCAAACAGCAUUGGUCAAGAAUACAAGAGAACAUAAGCAGUUCUAUGUAGAAAAUGAAAAUAUUACAUCUCCAAUAACUAAAAUUGACCUGCUCAAGCAACAUGAAAAAAAAUCAACUCUUUACCAUUAUUUUAUGUUCUUUGCUGGUGCAAUUAUUGUUUCAUUGUAUAACAAAAAGCACGAUAUAUUAUCGCUCAUACGAAAGUUUUAUGAAUUAAAUAGAUUCCAGAAUUAUUACGGAUUAGACCAUAAUAAUUUGAAAAAAUCCGCCAUAAGCUUUAGUGUUGCCAUUAAAAAAUAUUCUUUAAAAACAUGGGAAAAUAUCAGACUGGUACUGACAAAGCUUACAGAAAAAUAUUUACAAAUCAAGUUUGUGCCCAAUUUAGAAAGACCAAAUUUAGUCUUGUUGAAAAGAUUUAUAGAACUUAAAGAAGAGCGUAAGAAUUUAGGAAAGUUAUUAUUAGCUUCAAUACGAGAAAACAAAAAUGUAAGAAUGCGAUUUCAGCUAGAGAAUCUCGCUAAAAAUCGAUUAGCCCGAUACAUAGAACACACGCAUAAACUAAUUAAAGAAAAUCGUUGCCGAUACGUAAGUUUUCAACAACUUUAUUUGGCAACGCAACAAGAGAAUUUAUUUCUUAAAACGCGUAUUAAAAAACUUAUAGACGAAAAGGAAAAUGCAGAAAGAAAUCUUAUUUCCCUGAUUAAUGCAGUUUGUCAGUCGAAAAAUAAAGAACUGAAAGCAUUUUGCAGUAGUUAUAUCGUAGAAACGAAGAAUAAUUUAUUGAAUUCUGAUGUAAAAAAUGAAAUACGAAAAUUUUUAAAUAAAUCUAGACGGAACAGAACAUUACCACUUGAAGGUCCUAUAAAAAGGAAUGUAAUUGAGUCAGACACAAAGAUUUGUGAAAAAAUUGAAAAUGAAUAUAUUAUCAUAUCAGAAGCUCCAAAACUAAGAGGCUUACCGGGCGAGUACGUGUGGACGGUAAAAGAUAAAGAUGGAUUAAUUGAGAAAUUGUAUGAGUGUAAUAUCCAAAACGAUUGCGAUAGCGGUGAAACUAUACGAAGAAUAAGACAAUAUUCUGUUUAUUAUGACAAACAUUGUUUAUUAGAUUCAACAAGUUCGGCAAGUUUUAUAAAUCAAGCGAAUGAGAUGUGCAAGAGUUCAAAUAUAAAGCAAAUUAAUUAUCCAUUAACAAGGCAACGAUUUCUAACCGAAUCACAAGCUUUUCAAAAAUUUCUCAAACACAAUGAAAAUAUCGUGCAAUGUCCUGUACGACGUGCUCAGGUAGUGCCAUGUGGAUAAUGUUUUU